CCCAAGUCUGCACGUCAAUGAUUCUUCACUUUGAAACAUCCCAGAAAUUUCGUUAUGGUUAGAGAUGAGAUUCUGUUGACAGUUCCCACAUACAUUGAUAUCACGGUCGAUCAUGACGGCAAUUCACACGCACCUCGAAUUUUUGGCCAGGUUGAGCGGAAUUUCUCCUGCCCCAACUGGCCGACGAACUUCAGCUUUCAGGUUCUUCUCAUCAGGGUUGGCCACGUCAGAAAGGCCACAAAACGAAUGAAUGGAUUAAUUUCACGAAGCACAUGCGAUUCGUUUUGUAUCGAGAAGCAAUCCGGCUGGUCGUGGCUCGAUGCUGCAGAAAAGCUGGGCGAGUGCUCUACCACGUUGACUCGCUCCCAAUUUCCAGACACAGCACGGACAGCCAAAUGGAACUUCGAGCUCCAAUUUCCUCCAAAUAGUCCAAUAUCAGUAGAACAUCCGUCUGUUGAUGUUCAAUAUGCCGUGGUUGCUAUAUCCACAGCCCUUGAUGGACCCUGUCAGUGGGUGGGUCAACAGCUACAAGUUCGGCGGAGAGAGAAUACGCCGAUGUAUUUGCAACCCACCGGAAUACUGACAUUUCCGGAGUCAUCGCUUAGUGUCAGAGUUGUCUUUGGCAAGCCGCAGGUGGACCCAACCUUUAAAGUACCGAUAAAGCUUCUGCUAGGUGGUUUACGAAUGCCUUCGCCACGCCCCUCGGAAGCGAAAUGGAGAGUGUUAAGAGAGAUCAAAUGGCGAAUUGAAGAAGUGAUGACGGUUCUGUCCGGCCCCUUGGACGAUGCAGGUCGUAUUCCUGUGUCCAAUUCAUGCAGGUCAGAAUGCACGCGUGAGCUUGAUCAGGGCAAACGAAAAAUAAAGCCAAAAUACCCAUGCGACACCCCGUACCAAAGCGCCCCCAUAGACCCGAGUUACGAUCAAAGCGAAGAGUCAUUUGAGAUUGUUUCUACACAAGCUAUAGGAUUGAUGAACAACAUCGCGUUGUCCGUCAAUGGGGGUUACAUCUCGAACACUGUCCAAUCAUCAGAAUCCAAUGCAACAAACGAGACAGCAAGCAAUAGCAACUUCACAUUUCAUCUGGACUAUAAACUACAUGUACGCCUAUAUUUCGGAGAAGAUUGCUUGGACAAUCAAACAGGGAAUCUGGUUGACCGUAAACGUGCACGGGUUGCACAUACGCUGGUUUGCCCAUUGAUUAAGACGACCGUUGCCCCUGGUUUAGAGCACGAUUCAUCGAUUGCUCCACCCCCAUACCUCUCGUCAUUCGAGAUCCCGCCCGAUUACAAUUCAUUGCCGGCCAUCUGA